AACGAGAAUUAAUUUCCGAUAAUUUCGAAUAUAUAUUUCGCAAUUGUUCAGUGCUGUGUGUUUCAAAUUCGAGUUUCUCUUUUGUAUUUGGCGUGUUUUCACUUUUAUUUAAAUUAUUUGACUUGUGAACACAUUUUAUUCGUAUCUCUAAGGUGCAAUAAUGUUUACUUUUGUGGUAAGAAACGUUGCAAGGAGAACCUUUGGUAAAAACAUGUACAGUGCUGUUGCUCUUGAUCCACUACAAGAGGCUGCUUUAAAUGAGGAAUGUUUUCUAGUCAAUGAAAAUGAUAAAAUCAUUGGAAAGGCCAGCAAAAAGGAAUGCCAUUUGGUGAAAAACAAAACAGAAAUACCAUUACACAGAGCAUUCAGUGUGUUUUUAUUUAACAAUCAAGGACACUUGGUAUUGCAGAAAAGAUCUUCAGAAAAGAUCACGUAUCCAGAUUGCUACACAAACUCUUGCUGCAGCCAUCCCAUAGCGGAUGUGGGUGGCGAGGACGAAGAAAAGAAUGCACUGGGUAUCAAAAGGGCAGCGCGACGGCGGUUGAAUUACGAAUUGGGCAUACCCCUCGAACAGUUACCAUUGGAUAAAUUUAAGUAUAUCACCAGAGUGCAUUACAAGGACUGCGGAAACGGUAAAUGGGGCGAGCACGAGAUCGACUAUGUGUUGUUCUUGAAGGGCGACCUCAAGUUGCAACCGAAUCCGAAUGAAAUUUCCGAAAUCAGUUACAUUCCUCGCAAGGAAAUCGACUCGUUCAUUCCGACGUUGAACAGCGAAUUGACGCCGUGGUUUUCGCUGAUUCUGAAGCACAGACUCAAGUAUUGGUGGGACAACUUGGACAACGUUGACGACAUUAAGGAUCACGUUAACAUACUGAAACUGGGUGAUUGCAGCUAACUUUUUUUAUAACCUUGACGUUUAGUUUAAAACUGUAGUUUAAAAGUUUAUUACACAAUUUUUAUUUAACGCAACAGACUUUCAUGUAAGAAGCUAAUUGUUUUUUAUUUUUAUACAAUAAUAUAUUGAAGAUCUGAGAAGAAAACACAGUAUUUGUUUAAGGCAUUAUUUAAUAAAAUGGCAACUCAAGGGUAAAAGUAUUUAUUUAUGAAUAUGUAUUUAAAAUAUAAAUAUUGUAUGUAUGUUUAAAUAUUGUAGAUAUUAAGAAUUUAUGCUUGAUAAUAAUGUGCAUUUAUUAUCAGUGUUUAAUAUUGUAUAUAUUGAUGAUGAUAUUUUAUAUUAUAAUGUAUCAAAUUUGUUUUAAGAAUAAAGAAUAUUUAUAAACGGA